AACUACAAAUAGAAACUUCGGAAUCCGACAUGUCAGACUUCAACUACUCCUAUAACGAACGGAAACUUCCUAUCUCACGGCGGCUUCUCUCCUACGCGCCUUUCUGAUUCUAUAUUUCAGACAUUUAGUCCUCAUCCAAGUCAAUUUGGUGAAAAGAAAUUCUAUCUUUUUCACUUCUUCGGCAAAUUUAGCGUAGAAUAAAUCGUAAGGGCUAUUUUAGGUUCGAUGUUGGACGAUCAUCAGCGAGAGAAACACGCAAUUGGAUUUAUUGCUGUUCGAUCUUCUACUCAAGGCUUUGAUUUUAGGAGCUUCAGAAAAGGAAAAAUGGAGAAAAUGAAGAAUAUAUUGAAGCCGAAGCCGAAUCCGCAACAGCUUUUGAGAGAUUGGCAACGUCGCCUCCGACAAGAGUGCCGAAAUAUCGAACGCCAAAUUCGAG